CUCAUCCAUUUCAUCAUGUUUUAUUCCGGAAGCUUGCAGGAGGGCAUCGCCCAGGCUGUGAGCCAAGCUAAGGCCGUGGUUUGCUUUGUUAGAGACGAUAGCGAGACGAGUUCGAAGUGGGAAAAUGACUAUUUCACGGACAGCGAGUUUGCGCAACUCCUCGAAUCGAGAUCUGUCCUGUUGCGACUCACCAAGGAUAGUGCGGAGGCCGGCUUCUUGACUUCUUUCUGUCCCGUCACCAAGUUUCCGACUGUUAUUGUGAUCAAGGAUGGAACGCUGCGAGAGUAUAUUGUGCCAGAUGUUGAGAAGGAGGGCUUUCAGGGGAGGCUGAGGGCUGCGAUUGGGGAUGCUGAGGCCCAGCCUCAGGCUCCAGCGCAGUCGAUAGCACAGAGUAGCUCUGCGGCAUCGACAGGUACGACUGCCCCGGCUCCUGUAUCUGAGCCGACGACUGCGCCUGUACCUGCGCCCAUGUCUGAACCUACGCCUGUAUCACCUACCCCGGCGUCAACGGCACCUCGGCCUCAGAAUAUCGCGACCCAACAACAGCCUCAACGGAAGAGAGAUGAAGUAUCAGCGGGAAAGAAGCCAGAGAAAACAGAGCCGUCCCAAUCGCCUUCAACGAAGAGGCAGAAGCCUCAAAAGAUAGACCCUGCACCUGCUCCCCAAAUCUCUAUCAAGAGGCACGACAAGCCAGCACAAUCAUCAAGAACUAUGAAGGUCGAAAUGCCAACCUCACCUCCACCCAAAACAGAACCAGAACCCGCACCAAAGCCCCAACCAACGCCUCCCAGACAGUACCGUCUACAAGUCCGACUCUUCGACGGGAGUUCCGUGCGUUCGAGCUUUACUCCUUCGCAGACCAUUCGCAGCGACGUACGCCCCUGGGUCGACAGCCAGCUGGAAGAAAAACGUCCCUAUAACCUCAAGCACAUUCUCACCCCUCUCCCUAACCGAACCCUCACCAUCGCCGAGGAGGAGCAGACCCUCGAGGAACUGGGCCUUGGCUCGACGGCGAAUCUCGUCAUGGUUCCGAUUAACACAUACACGGAGGCAUAUUCCACCUCCGGGGCUAGUCUUCCCGUUCGUGCUGUCUCAUCCGCCUAUGGAAUUGUUUCGUCUGUGGUCGGGACUGCGACAGGACUCGUUGGUUCCCUGUUCGGCUACGUCCAACCAGCACCGCCAUCUCAGGCGGCACCGUCGACCGGCUCUUCUCAAACGGAGAACACGAACGCAGCAAGCGCAGCAAGACCGCGCCCAACAGGGUCAGGGGGGCUUAAUAUUCGGACCCUGCAUGAUCAGCGUGAGUCGCGAGACGAUAGUCAGCUUUACAACGGGAAUCAGCUUAAUUUCCAACCACGACGGGAUGAAGACGGACGAUCGCUGCAAUAACUGUACUUAUUCAACUGAGUCCUUUUUGCUUACUUCCUUUGUUAACGGUUUUUGUGGCGUUCAGCACUCGAUUGAUUGAUUAUUUUCCACGCGCAUUCGUUCAUUCUAUUUCCAUCCUUCGUUCACUCAAUUCGGAUGUUUUUCUAUAGCGAUAGCAUUGUCAUUCAUUCGUUUUGAUUCCAAUGGAUGGGCUGAGGUUCUAAUUUCAUUGAUGGCUUUGUUCUUAUUUUAUCGUGAUUUAGUAGUUGCUCCAUUUUACCUGUUCAAUAUCUGAGUAUUCUAUAUCUUGAAAUAUCAAGAACAAAGCCAAACGACA